GGGGGACAUACAUAGUGACCCAUUAUUCCAAAUCAUCAUCAUUACCUUCAUUUUGUGCAGUUUGCCCUAAUCCCCUCCCAACACAUGGCCCAGAUGUGGCCAAUUCUGGCUGAGUUCCUUCUUUUCCUAAUUAAAGUGGUUCAAGGGCCAGCUGACAGCACAGCAUCUGCAGUGGUAGGCACCAAGGCUGUGCUAAGAUGCCCUAACACCUCAGUGUCAUCUCUGAUUUUGGUAAUAUGGAAAAUAAGACCAAAGAGUGAAAGUCACUGCUCGUUGGCAUAUAGAGCUGAUGCCAAUAAGACAGACAGAACAAACUGCAAUGAGAGGAUGACUUGGGAAUCUAGUCCUGAUCAUGACCCCGCCCUUCAGAUUCACCCUGUGAGACUUGCUGAUGAGGGUAAUUACACCUGUGAAAUUGCAACUAGCGAUGGGACUUUUUGCCUAGUCUCUGCUCUCACUGUGUUAGUCCCUCCUGUGGUGACUCUGACUCAUGGUAGCAACGGGGUUGUUGUGUGCCAGGCAUCUGCAGGGAAACCAGCUGCAGAAAUCUCAUGGGCCCAAGGGAAUGGUCACAGCACUGAGAACAAAACUCAUCACACCAAUGGAACAGUGACCACACUCAGCAGUAUGCCUAUGAUCAACAGCACCAAUGCUCACGUGACCUGCUUAGUUACCCAUCCAGCCAUGAACCAGACCCAGACUAUAGAACUAUCAUCAGAACUUUCUGCGGACAUGACACUUUCACCCAUACUCCGUUAUUUCCUGAUAUGCACCUCUUCAUGUGUCGCUGUUGCAGUUGUUGCUCUGAUUUUAUACCGGACUUUAAAAUGCAGAGCCUCCUGGUUAUCUGGACUGGCAGAUGCUACCACAACUAGGAAUAACCUCAGGCCUGGGACAGUUAACACAACUAACUCUUCCACCGUGGAAAGUAUCUAUCAGAAUUACAGUGUACAGAACAUACAUAAAAAUAUUAAUUCUCUAAAAACACAAAGGCAAAGAGUCUAGUCCUAGCUCAGCUAUUGUCUGUAUCAAGAAUAUCUAACACAUCCUGGGACUGUUCUGAAAUGGGGUUAGAAGUCCUGCAGCACACGCGUAUACCUGCUCCAAAAGUUCUGUCCUUUUUGUCAGGAUGACUUGGCUUUGAUCCACUUUUGCAGAUUCCUCUCUGAGUUGCUGAAUUACUUUUAUGUGAUUGGCCUUCAGAAAUUGAAGGAGUUCUUAUUGUCUUCAUCACUCAGGAAAAUGGAGGCAGAAAGACAGGUGGGGAUCAACAUGUUUUAGUAAAUUUUCUCCCUUUUUGGGUGUCCAUAAAUACCUUUGUCUGAAAUGUUAAGGCCCAAGCUUCAAAAACCUUCAUCAAAAUGUCAUGUGUAAGCUGGAGCCUUGGGCAUGGAAAAUGAAUACUUGUGUGCCUAGUUGCCAGCCGACUGUGAAAACAUGGGAAUUGCAUUUUGACAGUU